UCUUUGCACUUUGCCGCUGACACCUGGGCCAUCCCGGGCAGCAUGGGCCGGAAGGUGACCGUGGCCACUUGCGCCCUCAACCAGUGGGCCCUGGACUUCGAGGGCAACCUGCGCAGGAUUUUGAAGAGUAUUGAAAUUGCCAAGAGCAGAGGAGCCAGGUACAGGCUCGGGCCGGAGCUGGAAAUAUGCGGCUAUGGAUGCUGGGAUCAUUACCACGAGUCAGACACGCUCUUGCAUUCCCUCCAAGUCCUGGCCGCCCUUCUGGACUCUCCGGUCACUCAGGACAUCAUCUGUGAUGUGGGCAUGCCCAUCAUGCACCGCAACGUACGCUACAACUGCAGGGUCAUCUUUCUCAACAGGAAAAUACUGCUCAUCAGACCCAAGAUGGCCUUGGCCAACGAAGGCAACUACCACGAACUGCGCUGGUUCACCCCGUGGUCGCGGAGCCGUCAGGUGGAGGAGUACUUUCUCCCCCGGAUGCUGAAGGAUCUGACACAGCAGGAGACUGUGCCCUUUGGAGACGCGGUUCUGGCCACCCUGGACACGUGCCUCGGGAGUGAGAUCUGCGAAGAGCUCUGGACGCCCCACAGCCCGCACGUGGACAUGGGCCUGGAUGGUGUGGAAAUCUUCACCAACGCCUCAGGCAGCCACCACGUGCUCCGCAAAGCCCACGCCAGGGUGGACCUGGUGACCAUGGCCACCACCAAGAACGGGGGCAUCUACCUGCUGGCCAACCAGAAGGGCUGCGAUGGAGACCGCCUCUACUACGAUGGCUGCGCCAUGAUCGCCAUGAACGGCAGCAUCUUUGCACAGGGGACCCAGUUCUCCCUGGAGGACGUGGAAGUCCUCACAGCCACCCUGGACCUGGAGGACGUCCGGAGCUACAGGGCAGAGAUAUCGUCCCGCAACCUGGCGGCCAGCAGGGUGAGCCCCUACCCCCGGGUGAAGGUGGACUUUGCCCUCUCACGGCCUGAGGACCUCCUGGAGCCCGUGUCUGCACCUGUGGAGUGGACGUACCACAGCCCCGAGGAGGAGAUAAGCCUGGGACCUGCCUGCUGGCUCUGGGAUUUCUUGAGACGAAGCCAACAGGCCGGGUUCUUCCUGCCGCUGAGUGGGGGCGUGGACAGCGCGGCCACGGCCUGCCUGGUCUACUCCAUGUGCCACCAGGUCUGUGAGGCUGUGCGGAGUGGAAACCAGGACGUACUGGCCGACAUCCGGGCCAUCGUGGACCAUAGCAACUACAGCCCCAAAGACCCCCGGGAGCUCUGUGGCCGCGUGCUGACCACCUGCUACAUGGCCAGCCAGAACUCCUCCCAGGAGACCUGCAGCAGGGCCCGGGAGCUGGCCCAGCAGAUCGGAAGCCACCACAUCGGCCUAAACAUCGACCCCGCCGUCCAGGCCGUGGUGGGCAUCUUCAGCCUGGUCACGGGGAAGAGUCCUCAGUUCGCAGCGCAUGGAGGAAGCCUCAGGGAAAACCUGGCCUUGCAGAACGUGCAGGCCAGAAUCCGCAUGGUCCUCGCCUACCUGCUGGCUCAGCUGAGCCUGUGGUCUCGGGGCGUCCGCGGGGGACUGCUGGUGCUGGGGUCUGCCAACGUGGACGAGAGCCUCCUGGGCUACCUGACCAAGUACGACUGCUCCAGCGCGGACAUCAACCCCAUCGGUGGCAUCAGCAAGACCGACCUGAGAGCCUUCGUCCGCUUCUGCAUCGGACGCUUCCGGCUUCCGGCCCUGCAGGGGAUCCUGUCGGCACCAGCCACUGCGGAGUUGGAACCCUUAGCCCAAGAUGGACAGCUGUCCCAGACGGAUGAGGAGGACAUGGGCAUGACGUACGCUGAGCUCUCGGUCUUCGGGCGGCUCAGGAAACUCGCCAAGAUGGGGCCUUACAGCAUGUUCUGCCGCCUGCUACAACUAUGGAGGGACACCUGGACCCCCAGGCAGGUGGCCGACAAGGUGAAACAGUUCUUCUCCAAGUACUCGGCCAACAGACACAAGAUGACCACGCUGACACCCGCCUACCACGCUGAGAACUACAGCCCCGACGACAAUAGGUUCGACCUGCGGCCGUUUCUCUACAACACCCGCUGGCCCUGGCAGUUCCGCUGCAUCGAGAACCAGGUGCUGCGGCUCGACGUGGAGUCGCCACAGGCCCUGGGCCUUCCCGACUGAGCACCCCGAGUGGCGUCAGCCGUGCUGCCUCGUCCGUACUUCCACCGCGUCCACCUCCUGUGUGUGGGCCAGUAGCAGUCUCGAGACCGCAAUAAAGUAAAUGCUUCUUGCCUA